GCGUGGAUGGAUGUUGGUUUGCGAGUGCGCAUAUUUGGCUUGUUAUUCUUGGACGACGCCACUCUGUUGUUCAGGAUCAGCUUUAUCACAAGUCAGGAGGAUUGUUCUUUUUUCUAAGAAGUUUGAGAUCCAGAAUUAUUCCAGGAUGCCAAGCCACCGGCACAGCAACCAUCUGUACCCGCCAAGUGGAAGUAAACACAAACAUAGGCACAGUGAGCCCACGUCAAACCCAACCUUCUUCUACUAUAAAGCAGACAAGAAUAUUCAAUUCUAUCGCUGGACUUCCCCCCCAGGUGUGAUGAAGAUACUGUGCAUUAUCAUCGUCAUCAUGUGUGUGGCCAUCUUUGCAUGUGUGGCCUCAUCUCUUGCAUGGGACUAUGACAUGAAUGCCAUGGGAGGUGGAAUUGGCCUGAUGCCGGGUUUACCCAGUGGAUACGGCAGCAGUGGCACUUACGGUGCUGGUCUUGGCGGCAGUUCCGGCAGCUAUGGCUAUGGAGGAACACAAAUUGACCCCAAAUCUGGCAAUGGCUUUAUCAUUGCUAUUGCAGCCAUUACUUUCAUAGCCACACUGAUCAUAUUUAUCUUGGUGAUUUCAAGGCAAAAUGCAGCCCGGUCUUCAAAGUUCUACCUAGUAUCCAUUAUUAUCUGUGCCAUUUUAGCAUUUUUGAUGCUUAUUUCCACCAUCGUCUACCUGGUGUCAGUGAACCCAACUGCACAAUCCUCAGGGUCUAUGUUAUACAACCAGGUGAUCCAGUUAUGUGCACAAUACCAGACACAGACUCAGGCCCAGGGUAUCUUCAUCAACCAGUACCUUUACCAUUACUGUGUGGUGGAGCCCCAAGAGGCCAUAGCAAUUGUCUUGGGUUUUCUGGUCGUUGUUGGCCUCAUCAUCUUACUGGUGUUUGCUGUCAAGACUCGCUCACUGAUCCAGCGCUGGGGCCAAGACCGAAUUCUCUGGGAGGAAGUGAAGAUUAACUCUGCUCCCCACAACAGUGUUGGAGAGUGGGUGAAGAAUGUGUCGGGUGAACCAGAGAUGUUGGUCCGAGACCCUAAUGAUAGAGUUGGGGGUUCAAGAGAGUAUCUGGACAAGCUCGACUACAGCAAACCUCUCUACCUACCAGGAGACUCCGACAUAAGCAGUUUUGCAGGAGGCUAUAAAUCCAGGCUGAAGGAAUAUGAUGCUGGGUUUGAGUCUGGAGAUGACUUGGAAGAAGAUUUCAAUGUUUUAUUUCCACCCAUUAUGGAUGAGCAAGAGCGUCUAAGCUACAAAAGAGAAUUUGAUCGAGACCAUCUUGAAUACAAGAGCCUACAGGCUGGGAUGGAUGGCUUAAACCAGAACCUAGCUGACCUGGAAGGAGACUUGGACAGGCUCCCUGAGGGGAGCCCACAGUAUCUGGAUGUCUUGAAUGAAUACACUCAAGUCAAAAGCUUCAAGAAGUCCCCAGAUUACCAGAUGAAGAAGAGGAGAUGUAAAUAUCUGAAAUCCAAACUGUCACACAUCAAGACCAAAAUCAGUGAAUACGACCGCCGCCCCUGAACAUUCUCCUGUGACUUAGUUCAGUUGAAGGAUAUUAUUUAAUCUCUGAAUGAAGGAUGUCUUAACCAAGCCCUUUCACUAUAUUCUCACCACAAGUACUGACUAAGAGUACAGUUUUGUGUUUUUGCAUUAAGAAUACUUUCCAAAUUCAAUUGCUGUGUAUAAAAUCUGUUGUAUUAGCUAUUAAUCUGCAUCCAUAUAUUGGCUUAUUUUAUUCACUUCAAUGCCAUCUUUCUUUUUACAUGACAUGCUAAAGCUAGCUUUUGUAGUGCAGUAAAGUUUUAAUGCAUGAAUUUGUUAUCCAUAUCAUGAUUGUUUUGGAAUUUGAAAUUAAAUCCUUUUAGGUGUU